AUGAGGACCGAGAUCUCCACGGCGGCCGCGUUCGUGACCCGCCUCCUCCGAGCCGCCGGUGGGGUCGGCGAGGAGCAGCUGCAGUGCUUCUUCGAGUGCCUGCAGGAGGCGAUGUGCCAGCACUACAAGCACCACUGGUUCCCCCUGAUGCCCUCCAAGGGCUCCGGCUACCGCUGCAUCAGGAUCAACCAUAGGAUGGACCCCUUGAUAGGAAAGGCGGCGGGAAUGAUCGGACUGAGCCACGAGAGGCUCUUCCAGCUCUUACCCAGCGAAUUAACGCUGUGGGUCGACCCCUUCGAAGUGUCCUAUCGCAUAGGCGAGGAUGGGUCUAUCUGUGUGCUGUACGAAAGCGCCCAGCCUGGGGGAAAGGCGGUCAAACAGCUGGAGAGCAGGACCAGCUGCAAGGAGCGGAGAAUUGGCAGAUCCAGCCCUUCCAAGAGUUACAACAUGAUGACGGUUUCUAGUUAA